UUUGGUCUACGAUGAAUGGACGUUCUUUUAAUGGUAUUUUAUUUGUUUUGCAACAAGAGCAUUCGUCUAGUUGUUGCAUUUGCAAGCACUAAUGUCGAACAGCUUUUUGAUAUCUCUUUUAUAAGCUUCAAUUUUUAAGUUAUAGUUUUCAUUUCUCUUACAUUUGGGGAAUCGUAGAAGCUUAAGAUAUUUAUCGUGAUGUGUGGUAAUAAGCUGCAAUACACGUUUGCGCGUUACUGUAGGGAUUGAACCUUUGUCCCAAACAUCUAAAGGCCACUUUACAGUUCGCAAUUUUUAUUUCCGGCAAGAAAAAUUGCUGCAAUUUUUAUUGCACGCAUGCGCAAAUCGAAUAUUGCGUCGACUUGCUGCAAUUUUUAUGGUGCAAGAAAAAUGUCGUGUUUUGCGCCAAAAGUUCUGUAUCUUGCAUGCAAUUUUAGUAACUUUUGUAGUAUAUUACGACGUACCAACCUUUCAAAAAUUUGAUUUUGUGUUACUGCAAUCAGCUGAUCGUAAAUAAACUAGUGACACGUGUUGUAGCAGUUGGAUCGGCGUGGUGUUCUGUGAGUUGGAUUUUGGAUUUACUGUGAAGAGUGAAAGUUAAAAUGAGCGGAAGUUCUUGUUCAAAAGUGAAGCAGUUCGUGUGGACUCCGGAUGUAACAACGGUACUAAUACAUUUGUACGAGGAACAUCCCUGCUUGUACUUGACAAGCUGUAAUUCCUACAAAAACAAAAAUGUACGAAAUGCAGCUUAUAAUUCCAUAACAGCGGAAUUAAAUAAAAACCUCAACAAAUCGUUGACAGUUAAAGAUGUACAAACAAAGUUGCACGACUUAAGAACACAAUAUCUCAGUGAACUGGGAAAAAUUAAAAAAAGUAAGGUGAGCGGCACUUCUUCUGAUGAAGUGUAUACUCCGAAGUGGCAGUACUUUGAAAUAUUAGCAUUUAUUGGUCAGAGUACUGUGGUUACGGAAGGAGAAUCAAAUAUUCCAGCUAGUAUUAGCGGUGUGCCUGAUUCAGAGCGUGAGACCUGGUCUCAAUCUCAAUAUACCGAAGAAACAUACUACACCGAAGGUGACGGAGAGCAAAUGGAAACUCAAGAAAAUUUGGAGGUGGUAUUUGAUGGCACUGUAGCCGAAUUAAAUGAAUCAGAAAUUGUUGUGGAGAACCCUACACAAGUACCACCCAGAGCUUCUAGUGCACCUCCUACAACACGGAUGAAACAAAACAAACAAAAAAAUACAGGAUUUGGCGAAUUACUUGCUAGUGCAACUAAAGCACUUGACAAAAUUCAGACAACCUCUACUGCACCAAAAAUGCCUGAAAGAUUACCUGGGGACAAUAUCCUAUUUGAACAAAUGAUUGCAUCAGAAAUGGAUAAAAUUAAGGAUGAAGAAAUAUUAGACAAUUUAAAAAUGGCAAUAUACUCAUCACUUUUAAAUGCAAAAAAAGAAUUUCGUAGAAGUUUGAGGGAUUAGUUUUUUAAUUUUAUUUUUUAAAUUAAAAUAAGUUAA